GUUUUUCAAAGCCAGUGAUUCUUUGUAGACUUGCUCCUCAUUUCCUUCCUCAUCCUGACAACUCUGCCUGUACGGACAGGACUAGAUGCACUCACGGCCUCCAUUGUGGUUCCUGCAACUCCCUUCUUUAUUCAGCAGCUUUUCAGAUGUCUUCUUUCAGAAGAACUGCACCUGGAGUACUAUGACAGCAAAUAUAACUGGGAAACGUAUAGAUGCUGUUGAACUGUUAGCACAACAGUGGGAAAACUGGCUGAUUCAGUGGAAACCUUUAAAUGCAUCAACAAAAGCAUCUUUGCUCUCUGCUUUCAAGACCAUGGGCACUCAGGCAGCACCUGCCUUUGGAAUGGGAGGACAGCCAACCUCAGGCUUUGGGCUGUCAAGCUUUCCUGUGAGCAGCAGCAGCGCCAGUGCCAGCAGUUUCUCCUUUAAAACCAGUUCCAGCCUCACCAGUUCAACAUCAUGUGGGAGCAGCCUUGCUGCUGAUGGGAGGUCUGCUGCUGCUGCAAAUCCUCCUGCAUUUGGGACAACAUCCUCUCCUAGUGCACCGCAAUCCGUUGGCUUUGGCAGACCGGCCGCUCCAUCUGCAGCCUCCUUCUCCUUUAAAGCAGCUGCCACGGCUGGUGGCUUUGGGACUUCUGGCUUUUUGGGCUUUGGCAGUGCUUCUGCUGGGAACUCUGCAAGCACCACUCCAGCAGCCUUUGGGGCCUUUGGUGCCACCAUCACCGCUUCUGCCUUGCCUUCGAGCAGUGCUUUGUCUGGGCAGGGCGCCGGUGCCUCCGGACAUCCUGUCACCUCAGCGUCUGCUGCAGCCACCAACUCCAGCCCUGCCUCAGAGAAGUUAUUCACACCCAAAAGCGAGCUGUCAGCUGAAGAGUGGCAACAGUUUGAAGCAAAGGAGUUCACAAUUGGAAAGAUUCCUCUUAAGCCACCACCAUUAGGACUUCUAAAUGCUUUCAACCUUUUAAGUUUAUUCUGAAAUGUUAAUUUAUAUUACCUCUCUCAAUUCUCUUUGCAGAAAUAAAUGUACAAGUAUAAACUUUUGAACAUUUCUUUGGGAUGGACUUCUUACAUCUGACAGAUAAACUGUUGAAACUAAAAUGAAACAUUUCUUUCUAUAUGCUGUCCUGUGAAAUUCUGUACAAAGACUGUAUGAAAAAUAUGGUGUCAAAAGAAAGAAUGUUUCAGUCAGGUAUUUAGAACCUACUCUUGUAUCAAUGAAUUAUCUCAAAAUGUACACUCUGUGGGGUGUAGGACUGGCCAUGAAAGCUUUUUUCCCCAUUGCCCCAACAAUUGGUAUUGUAAAUUUAUUGGUGUGCCCUUACUGAUAGUUAUUACUGAAUGUGUGCCUUUGCUGUCUAUCAAAAAUCAGUUGUUUUAUUCCCCAGCUUUACUGAAACUAGAUGAUCUGUGAGGAAUGCCUCCCUAAUUUUCUCCAGUCUCCUUCAGUCAUUAUCAAAAUCCUCCAGCAUCUGAAUGAUUUCAUCUUUAAGUUGACCCUUCCUGUCCAGAAAUGGCACAUGGAUUCAGGUCAAAAGGAGGGGCCAUUUCAGACCCCACAACUCCUGCCUAUCCUUUUGCCUUCUCUAAUGCCAUUCUCUUUUCAUUCACAUUAAAAAGGAGUUCAAUAUAGUCUGCAUAUCCCACCAACUGGGGUUAUGAGUCAGCAUGAUAGUUUCCAAAAGCUGAUUCCUUCAGGAUUCUCUCAUUAUGAACCAACAGAUAAUUUCCAAUUCAAAAAAUCAAAAGUAGUACAAGGAGUGUGUCCAGAAAAAAAUGGCUGAUGCUCUGCCCCCACUGCUUCUCUGUGCUCUAUAUUUUGAGUUGUAUCCUCUUUGUCCAUCUCCACUCUGCUCUUAUAUGGGUGUGGAAAGAAGGGAACUAACAUUUGCUCAUAAAACCUCAUCCCCUUUUCCAACAUCCACUGUAAAAGAAUAUUAGACUGCAAUGACACAUUUACCCUAUACUCCAAUUUAAAAGUGGCCACCAGUGAUGACGAUAUCUCUUCUUUAUUUUUAGUCACUGGAUCUCCUCUAAACACAUUCUGGUUUUUGGGGAUGCAUCCCAGACAGCUGUGAGGAGGAAUUGUGGAUUGGCGGGCUCUUGUCAUUAAAUUUAAUGGACUUCAA